AUGAAGCUUCUCAACUCUUGGCUCAUGGCAAGUGCCAUCUCCACGGUUGCUGCGCGGCCGUGGCCGAGAGCUGCAAACACGACGAGUACUUACUUCUUUACAUUUGGCAACUCAUACACGCAAACCGGUUUCAGCACCACCGGAGAACAGCCAUCUCCUUCGAACCCCAUGGGAAAUCCCGCCUUGGGAACUGGCACCACCACCGGGGGUGAGAACUGGGUGGGAUAUCUGACGACGGCGCAGAAUGCGUCCCUCGUCCUCUCUUAUAAUCUGGCAGUGGGCGGUGCGAGCAUUGACAAUUCGCUCGUUCAGGGAUCCACAGACGUGGACCUUGCUUCCCAGGUCGACAUCUUCGACGAAACAUACAGCAGCAAGCCGGCUUCUGCGCCCUGGUCGGCGGAAAAUUCCGUCUUCGGGUUCUGGAUUGGUAUCAAUGAGAGAAACCCGUCUGAAACUGGCCCCGUACUCACUGUUGAGCUCAGUAUCGGAAAUGCAUUUUACAACACCGAUGCCGAUACUUUCACGCCGCAGUUGAUCGCUCGGCUUGCUUCCCUAGUGGAGCGAAUUUACAGUGCUGGAGGCCGCAAAUUCCUUUUCCUCAAUGUGCCUCCUACGAGCCGAAGUCCCAUGUUCAUUGAUCAGGGCAAUGCCACUGUUGAGCAGCAUGCGGCGUAUUUGGCCGUUUAUAAUAGAAAUCUCGAGGCAAUGGUGGAUGGGUUCAAAACCAACCAUACAGACAGUGUAUUGAGCAUUGUUGCCGUCCUCGUGGUAGUAUCUAUCGUUGUAUCUCUACGUAGAAGAGUGUUCCUUUGUUAA